GUUCGAGCAAACAAGAAAGGCUUUCGGUCCUGUAAAGCAUAAAAAAAAUCUCCUUUUAGAAAGCUCUUAGGAGCUCACCACCACCAGUAAAGCUGUAUAAGCACCGGAUUGACGGGUCCGACGGAAGCGGCGCAUCGUACGGGGAGCUGCGCACUGACAUCAACAUGAGUUAUAAACCCAUAGCCCCCGCGCCAUCGGGCUCCAAUCACACCCCUCCAGGCUCCAGCGUGCCCUCUCCGUCAUUGCCCUCCUCUUCCAACUUCAGGCCAGCUUUCAGUGACUUUGGCCCUCCUUCUAUGGGCUUUGUGCAGCCGGUGAAAGUGUCUCAGGGGUCCACCUACAGUGAACUGCUCUCUGUUAUUGAGGAGAUGAGCCGUGAGAUCCGACCCACAUAUGCCGGGAGCAAGAGUGCAAUGGAGAGGCUAAAGAGAGGCAUCAUUCAUGCUCGUGCACUGGUCAGAGAGUGUUUGGCAGAGACUGAAAGAAGCGCCCGCACAUAGCCUUGUGGAAAGAGUCCCUCAUUCCUCAGCCUUUCAUUUUGGAGGCCCAUCACAGGAAUCCCAUCAUGUGAUUUUCAACCACUCUAUCCUUCCCUUUAUUUCUUAUACACUUUUUAAGUUUGUCAGUUACAUUUGAUAGGCUGCAUUGUGUCAUCUUCUUUGCUCCCACUUCCCUGUAAUUCUGCAUUUGUGUACCUAAAGGGUAUACACAAUAUUUGAUGCAAUUAAUAUAUUUUAAUGCAAACUCACGCCUAAAAAAGACUAUGGAGCACCUUUUUUCUGGUUAAGUUAUAUUCCCAAGUUUGUUUAGCGGAAUAGUUUACUCAUGUUAGUUUGACUUUUGACAUUUGCCUAGGAGUUAUUUAAUGAAUGAGGUCAUAUACACCAAGUCUCAGGCUGCUAUACUGAACAACCCUUUGCAACCAAGGGAUCAGUUCAAUAUAUUUCCAGAUGUGCAAAAUUAAUUGAUUAUCUUGAAUAAUAUACCCUAUUAGCUACCAUAGCUUCCUUCUUUGCUUCCAUAGCAUUUUGUUGCAACUUACACACACAAUGUGGUGACAGUUUGUCUAUCCCGAACUAUGUACAUCUCAAGUCAUUUUGUUAGGACAAUUUUGUAAACCAGAUUUUUGCAGUUGUGUAUUAAUUAAAUAAAAAAAAUGUAAAA